AAAGCUAUUUAUCAUGAAUACAUUAUAUUGAGGGAUAUUUAUAGCGAAGAUACGAGGCGCCCUGGCAAGUCAUUGAGUUUGCUUUCCCAUCAGAGCUUAUGUCAUAACUUGAAGCAAGGUUUAAAUAUUUGAACUUGAGAAUGCUGUGGAAUUUGGGAUUUUUGGUCUGUGGUGUACUUAUGCAGAGUCUUGUCUCGAAAGCUAACUAUUGUGCGAASCCAAGUUCAUCUCUGAAGAACAUCACAGCAAAUAUCACAUGUGACAAUACAUUAAGGGUCUUCGUGGAUGGACAGCAAAUUGGUCUGGAAAGCCAAGGCUAUGGAACAGUCACCAAAUACGUCAUACCACCAAAUUCAAACGUCAUAGGACUACGCUGUCGUAUUGGUGCUACUAAAAAUGGCGGCAUUCUUGGAUCAUUCAGCAAUGGUCUAAUUACCAACUCGUCGUGGCGCUGUUCAGCUGUUGCCGAACAGGGAUGGAAUGUGGCAGGUUUUGAUGAUAGUUCCUGGGACCAUGCUACUAUGCAUUCCAUCAAUUCGCACCACAAUGGUAGCUUGUCUAUGCCAAGAGGACCAGUUUUUGACAUAGCAGACGGAGCUGCUUGGAUAUGGACAGCAAACAAAAGUAUUGAUAUUUCUACAGUCUACUGUAGGUUCCAAAUAAGGAAACCAGAGACUCCAUGCAAGGAAGGACCAAAUGCGGAUUUAUUCAGGAGCGAAAUUACCUACGUAGACCGUUCUUUGAAGGGCAGCGUUCUCAUGACAACCAAAGCAAGAUCUUCUAUCGAGUGUGCUCUUCGUUGUCAGCGAACUUCACAGUGCAUGUCAUUCAACUUUGAGUAUGGAAAAGAGAUAAGUCCAAAAAUAUGCGAACUGAAUUCAGGAUCUGCCAAAAUGACACCAAAUGCCAUCGUAGAACGGAAGGGAUUUGUGUACUUUGACGCAAUACAAUAAGUUUAUCUGUGGUAUGAAGGGAUAUGUAAGGAGCGUAAAUAGAUACAAAUUGAUACAGA